AUGACUUCUAAUAUGAUGAAAUUUACAGUUAAAAUAAUAUUGAGUCUUAAAGAUCAAAAUAAUACUUUAUUAUUUGAAAAUGAAAUUGAAAAAAAAAUUGUAGUUAAUGAUAGUGUUCUACUAAAAGAUAUCUGUAUUGAUAUAAUACAAAAUAUUGGAUUAAAACGGUUGUCAAAUACUGCUAAAGUCUUAAUUAAAAAUUCUGAAUGUGAUUACCUUGCUUGUGCAUCAUUUGUUCCUAAUUUAGAAUUAAGUAUUGGUUCAUUAAAGCUUAUAUUUGGUGAUUCUUUAAUUUUUAAAAUUUUAGUUCCUGGAAACAUUGAAGAAUUUAAUGAAAUUGAAUUAAAUAAAACUUUUUGCUGUAAUUUGCUUCAUUUGUUAAUCAGAAAACAUAGCUCGUUCAAAAAUUGUAUAACUGAUCCAUCACUUAAGAAUAUCAUAGAUAUCAUUGAAAACAAUACAAUUGAAAGAAUAUCAUAUGAAUCUUUACUUAAAAUAAAUGAAACGAUAAAAAAUGAAUUAGGUUAUUUAGACAACUCUAAAAUGGAAAAUUCAAAUACAUUAACAUCAUUAAAUAAUUCUAUACUUGCUUCAACUGAAAGAGUUAACAUUUCAAAUCCAUCUGUAUCAUAUUCUACCACCAUAGAAAAUAAUAGUAUUAGUAAAUCUUCAAAUGAUUGUCAUGAAAUGUUACUAAAUAUUCUUAAAAAAACUUUACCACAAAUUGAGAACUCUAACACAAUUGAAAAAAAUGUUUUUACGGUUUCAAAAAAGGUAACAACUAAUAAUCGUUCAAGAAUAUGUUUUGAUCAAAAUAAUGAAACUCCAAUUCUUGAGUUAUGGUUUGAGCUAACUAGAACACCAUCGCUAUCUCAAUUACAAAAUUAUGCUGAUCACCUUAAUAUUCUCUCAAAUCGUAUUGAUAAUGAAAAAAUAACUUCUCAUAACAUAAAAAUUUGGUUUAAAAAUAGGAGAGCAAAAGAAAAUAGAGUUAAUAAAAGUUUCGCAAUUAAAAAUGAUUAG